AUGGUUGCCGUUGAAGCAACACAGAGUGUGUACUACACCGUCUACAGAUUCGUUUUCGUCUGCUCAUCCCCUCUCUCACUCUUUCUUUCGAGUUUAUUUUUCCUUUUCGAAAUGGAUAAACGACGCCGGAGACAGAGCAAAGCCAAGGCGUCUUGUUCCGAAGAAGUGAGUAGCAUCGAAUGGGAAGCUGUGAAGAUGUCGGAGGAAGAAGAAGAUCUCAUUUCUCGGAUGUAUAAACUCAUCGGCGACCGGUGGGAGUUGAUCGCCGGAAGGAUACCGGGACGGACGCCGGAGGAGAUAGAAAGAUAUUGGCUAAUGAAACACGGCGUCGUUUUUGCCAACAGACGAAGAGAUUUUGUUAGGAGAUGAUUUUUUUUUUUAUUUAAAAAUAUUUCCCUCUCCUUGUUUCCCCAAGACAAAAAAAGGAAAAGGACCUGUCCUUGAAUUCCUAUUUUGGAAUGUAUAAUUAUCUAUAUAUAAAAAAAUUGCCUAGGAGUUUCAAUUCUUAUAAUCC